AAGCGGUGCCAAGUUGACAGCACCGUUGGGAUGCUUAGUCUCUAGGCAAAAGCACACUCUUCCUGACUUGCCAUAUGACUAUGGCGCUUUGGAACCUCAUAUUAAUGCAGAGAUCAUGCAGCUGCACCACAGCAAACAUCAUGCCACUUAUGUGAACAACCUGAAUGUUACGGAAGAAAAAUACAAAGAGGCACUAGCAAAAGGUGAUGUUACAGCUCAGGUGUCACUUCAGCCUGCACUGAAGUUCAAUGGUGGGGGUCAUAUCAAUCACACCAUCUUCUGGACAAACCUUUCUCCUAAUGGAGGAGGAGAGCCUAAAGGAGAAUUGAUGGAAGCCAUCAAGCGUGACUUUGGUUCCUUCGCAAACUUCAAGGAGAAGCUGACAGCUGUAUCAGUUGGUGUUCAAGGAUCAGGCUGGGGGUGGCUUGGCUAUAACAAAGAGCAGGGACGCCUACAAAUAGCAGCUUGUGCAAAUCAAGACCCUUUGCAAGGAACAACAGGUCUCAUUCCUUUGCUAGGAAUCGAUGUAUGGGAACAUGCUUAUUAUCUUCAGUAUAAAAAUGUUCGACCUGAUUAUUUGAAGGCCAUCUGGAAUGUGAUCAACUGGGAAAAUGUAUCUUCAAGAUAUUCAACUUCCAAAAAGUAGAGUGGAAUUCUUGCACAGACUACUAAAAUGUCAUCACUUCUACUCUGAUACCACUCUUGUAGUAGUGCCUGUGGCUUACAAAUGAAUUGUUCUACUGCAGAAAACACUUAGCUCAUCCAACAAAAGCAUUUCAUAAUCAAGCAAAGUGUCUGCUUGUUUAAUUCUUUGAGAAGUAUUUACUUAGAGUUUUGAAGCUUUAAACUGUUGUGCAACAAAGGGAGACGUUAAAUAAUUUUUUUCAUUGCAUAUAGAAACAUACAUCACCUUGCUGAACCUUAAUGAAUGGAUUUCCUUGUUGCAUUAAAAUACCUAAGUGGAAAUAUGCACUUCAUAUUGCUGUAGACAAAUAAAACUCAAAAGGAGAAUCUUCUGUAAC